GGAUCUAGAAUUUUCCUGUAACGCAGUCACUCUUGACUCUGUCUCGCACUCGAGCUUAGCUUUCUGCUCUCUUCGUUUCUUUUCUGCUUAGCAGGCUUAAUAAAAAUUACUAAAAGAAAUAAAUAAAUAAUAUAAAACCCUAAAAUUUUGGCGGGAAAAUGUCAGGCAAAGGAGCUAAGGGUUUGAUUACUGGCAAAACCACCCUUUCCAAAGAUAAGGAUAAAAAGAAGCCUAUCUCUCGCUCUUCUCGCGCCGGUCUCCAGUUCCCAGUGGGUCGAGUCCACCGUCUACUCAAGGAAAGGGUUGCUGCUAAUGGGAGGGUUGGGGCAACAGCUGCUGUUUAUUCAGCAGCCAUUUUGGAGUACCUGACUGCUGAGGUUCUGGAGUUGGCAGGGAAUGCAAGCAAAGAUUUGAAGGUUAAACGUAUCGCACCUAGGCAUCUGCAGCUUGCAAUCCGAGGAGACGAGGAACUUGACACCCUCAUCAAAGGAACCAUUGCAGGUGGAGGAGUUAUCCCGCACAUUCACAAAUCCCUCAUCAACAAAUCAUCCAAAGAGUAGUUUGUAAUAUUACCUUUUCAGCUUUCUUGUGUUUGUACUUUAGAGCUUAGACCGGACAGAUUUGAAUUUGGAACAAUGACAAAUCUUCAAUUUGAGAAAUUGGCAUUCAUUGUUUCAUUCAGUGACUGAGUGGUUAUAUGAAUGCUUUACAUUUACCGUGUAGUAUUGAUAUUCGAGCCGUGUAUUUGCCAACUGGUAAUGUUAUUUAGGCCCUGUGCACUUUGCUAUUA